ACGGGGAGGAGGCGUGUGUGUGUGUGUGGAGGGGGAGGGAGGGGAAUACACGGCCCGGAGAGUCCCGCGGCCGAAACCGCGCGGAGUGGUUCGCACUUCAAAACCGUCAUCGCCGCCGUUAUAAUAUUACAAUAACACGCGCGCAGCACACCUAUUAUAUUCCAUCGUGAUGAUGAUGCGCGGUUACCGUCGAGUGUUCUUCCGUAUGUAUACGUAUACGUAUACGUACCUAUACGUAUCAUUAUUAUUGUAACGCACAAUAUUUUGUCGUGUUUUCUUAACCCCGAGAGGAACGUGCUUCGUUUUUAUAAAAAACAAAAAAAACAAAACAUAAUACGCACCUAUAUAUACGGCAACAAUGGCCGCGACCCGUCGAUACCGUCGUAUAAUAAUACAAUAUUCCCGGACGGGACGGGCUUUUUUUCCUUUUUUUUUUUUUUUCUUUUUAAUAAUAUAAUAUAUUUAACUCUCGAGUGGCCUUCCGCGACCCUGCGGUAUUAGUACAAUAUAACGAUAUUACAAUAUUAUCGUAUGUUUAUUUAAUAUCGUAUUAUAAUAUAUAAUAUCGUAUCCCCCAUCGCGCGCCCCAUCACAGACAUUUCGGACUGUAUGAUAUGUAUUAUGACUAUAAUAGUAACAUUAUAAAAUUGCGCAAUUUUAACGCCAUCUACAUAUCUUCUUCUUUGCGUGUCGGCUAGUGAAAUCGGCGAUUUCAAUUGCAUUGUUUUUUCAAUCGUUUUCCCAAAACAUCGGCCUUUCCUCUUGCAUUGGCUAGCAGGAGUAAGAGAUCGCGUCUAAUUUGACGCACUUUUUUUUUCUUCGAAUUCAUUUUUCGUCGGUUCUUAUUUUCAAUAUUGAUAUAAAAUGCGAUAACGCCGAUAACUAAUAUGAAAUAUACGAGAUAAGUGAUAUGUGACAUAAGAAAGUGAUAAAAUAAAAAGGUGUCACAGACAGAUGGAUCUGGGCUUUUAUAUUUUAGAUUUUUGUUGUUCGACCGCUAAAAUGUCUCGUGGUACCGAGACUUUAAUAAACCGAUCACAAAAUAAGACAUUCGAACACGUUGAAAUCUAUUUGAUACUUUUAUCUACCAGUUUUUUCCCAUGGACUUUCGUAUAGCUCUUCUCCCCGAACUCAAAACACCUUUAAAUUUUCAUCAAAAAUACUGGCGUUCAUCAAGGCAUCAUUGCUUGGAAACAAUCGGACAUUAUUACGUAGACAAUUAUUUUUAUUCGGAUUUUACAAUAAAUUAAAAAAUUCUUAGAUGUAUUAACCAAUAUAAUGUAGAUUUACCAAAAUAUUUAUAAUUACGACUGCAAAUUGCAAAGUAACUUUUUAAGCCUGUCAAUCUAAGUGCGCAGUCUUAGUAUGAAUAGAGAUAAUGUUUGUCUUAAUGUUAACAUAGCAACAAAUCCGAUCAAUAGAAAAAAAGUUGCAAAUACAACAUCCAUGCCCUAGUUAUUACUUAUUAGUUUAUUACUGUAUAGUACAAUUUAUUACGAGGUUCGUACGUCCAUGUGCAAAAUGUAUCCUCGCGAUCAAAGUGCGAGAAUUCAAUGUACGAUACACGCACUCCUCUCGAGAUUGUCUCGUCACAAGAUUAAAAAGCAUCGCAUCUUACAUAUUACAUAUUAUAAUAUAACAUACAUAGUGAUGUUGAUCAUAUUAUAAUAUAAUGACGUGAACACGAUAUGUAUCGGUAGACAGCGUGUAUACAGGGCGAGCGUUUCGUCCGUUGGCCGAGUGAUAUUAUUUUUCAUAUAAUAAAUAAUAUAAUAUGGUUUUACGACAAUACGCAUACGUUUGAGCGCGACCGUUAAAAAGUUUGAAGUCGAGUCAAUUAAAACAUUUAACGUUGCUGUUAAAUUGUUACUUUUUUUUUUAUUGUUAUUAUUACUUGACUAUACGUGUAUAUAUUUUAAAAAUGUAUUCAUAUAUACUCGUACCUACAUAAUAUACAGUUUAUACAAACUAAAUCGUCCUAUAUAUAUUUAUAUGCCUUCCUUAGAGCAGUGGCCAUGACAUUUUUUUUUUUUAAAAGAAUUUGAGUGUAGCGAACAAGCUAUGAUAAAUGUUACUAAAAUGUUCUUUUUUUUUACGCCGAAAACGCUCUUUUGCGGGUUGAUAAAAUUGUGUUUAUUAUUCACGAUACACUAUAAAAGAUACGGAUGUUUACUCGGUGGUAAAUACUUUGAAAUAGAUGUCUAGCUUUCUCACUGUUACCUAAAAAUCAAAAAACAAAAAAAACUUACAAGAAAUGUUAAUGCGUUUAUUUAUUUCCGUCGAUUUCUGUGUUAUCUAUAGGCUGGGAAAACAUAAUAACAAUAUGACCUACAAUACAACUACUACUUAUAUAACAUAACCGCUUUUACCAAGCUGUGCGGCUUAGAAUCGUUUUUUAAUCACGAUGAUUAUUAUCGAUGAUAUGAAUAACAAGUGCAAAGCGUGCACGAAGCAUUUUGUAAAAUGUAUACACGUAAUAUUAUUCGUAACUUUGGAUUCUUCGCAACGGAAACACUCGGUAUAUUAUGUAGGUAUGUACUAUAUAUAUAUAUGUAUACAUGUUGUAAUUAUAUUUGGAGCGCAGACGGCAUUUUAUUAUGUAGGCGAUGCGGUAAAACACACUGUAUGAAACACAGACGAACGGUAGGAGAAGGGAGGGUAUAAUAAAAUAUUAUUAUGUGUACCGGCGGCGUGUUAAAUAUUUUGUUUAAAAGCCGUACGCGAACGGUAAUUGGACCGUUUGAACGAGCAAAUGGAACGCGCGUAAGCCAAUUACAUUAUCGUUUCGCUUUUGCGCAACCCCGCGGCAGUGGCGGCGGCGGGUAGAGGCAGGCGCGAAAAUUCAAUUUUGCCGUUCAUCUCGCGCGCAAAGUCGACCCGAAGUGCGAAAACAAUAAUCGCAUUUCACGCGUAUGUUCCCGUCUCGUCUGUUGUAGGUAGGUACCUUGUAUUGUUGUGUACGCUGAAAAAAUAUGAAUACUCGUCGACGCGCAGUCCAAAAUUAUGAUAAAAACGAAAAUAAAAGAUUGUAUUAUGCCAACUGAAAACGAAAACCGAAAAUCUACCGUCUAAACCUGAUAAAUACCGCUCCAGAAAUCUGACUUGGGUGGAUGGUACUUUUUAUGGAGGUAAUUUUUUGAUUUUUCUCCCGGAGUUUUUCCAAUAAAUGCGGAAAACCGGAAAAAAACAUGGGAAAACCGUAGGAAAAACAGGAAAAUAGAUACAAUAUUAAACAAAUAUUAUUAAAUAAAAUAUAUAAUGUUAUUAUUUGACUGUAAUAUCGCAUAAAUAUUGUUGACAAAGCUGCACUAUAUCAAUUUAACUCCGCUCAGAAUCGUUUUUUCGUUAGCAAAGUUGUAUCGUUGCUUACAGAUAUAUAUUGAAUUUCCUUUCUACUACCUUCCCAACUUCUCACCUACAACAGUGGCUGCACCCACGUAUGAAGUUAAUCUGCUUUUUACUGGUUUACGUGUUAUUAUCAUUUACCGUUAUUUCAACCUAGUAAAUAAAUUAUGUAAACAAUACCAUUCAAGAUAACAAAUACGAGGUUUUCUUCUACUAAAAAUAAAGAACGCGCGAAUACUGCUGAUGUGUGUGACACUGUUGCACUUAUAGGUGGAAAUUCGGUACUGUAGGAUACAUAAAGUUAUUUAAUUUAUACUGGGCGAAAUGUUAAAAGUUUCUUUUCUUGAAUUUGGAGAAAGAUUUCUGGAAGAAAAUUAAAAUUGAAAAAAAACUUCUUUAUAUACGUUCUUCCUAUAUGUUUUUUUUCCCGAUUUUACUCUGAUUAUUAUGAAAACUAAAAAACGACGGAUAUACUUCACACGACGUGUGGGCUACUGUUGUAGGUGAGCAGUUAGGAAGGUAGGAUAUAGAAAGGAAUUUAAAUUAUAUCUGUCCGCAACGAUUAACCAUUGCUAACGAAAAACUAUUCGGAGUAAAGUUUCUUCUAUACGUGUACUUACAUUUUCCUGAUUUUUCCAACUAUUAUGAAAACCGUUAAAAAAAUGACUUCUCCAAAUCACCAACUAGUGUCCCCUAGGUUUAUUUAGGUUCUAGGUUAGGUUAGGAAACUAAUAACUAGAAACUUCGGAUGUAAAAACCCAUAACAAUUUUCAAACCAAGUAAAUAUUGAAGUAUUUUACAUAAUAAUAACUAAUAUGUUUAUUAUAUAAUGAUAUAAAUUUAAAACUAUAAAACUGAUUAUAAUAUUAUUGUUUUUCAAGUACGUGAAAAUCGAAUUACACAAUCCCGGUCGACGAAGUCUCGCGCCUAUUAAACUAAUAAAAAAUAUUAUACCGUGCAUGACGAUCACACACGCCUUAUGCUAUAAUAAUAUCAUGCAAACAACCAUACCUGCAAUGGCAAUGAUGAUAUAGUAUUGAUAGGAACACAAUAUCACAAGUGUACAAAACGGUAAUAUGUUUGGUUUUCCGUGCGCGUGUUUACCAAUGUGGUCGUUGGUACCGCGCGUUGAGAAUAAAAAAAUGUUUUGCGGGCGUGGCCACAGACCAGCUAGGGAGCGUUUUAUUAUUAUGCAUAACUCGGAAAAAGGACACGGCGGUGUAUAUUAUUUCGAUCGAUGUUCGUGCUGUUUGAUACACAACCGAUAAAAUAUAACAGAAAUGUGUGUACAUAUUAUACAGUAAGUUGUCGUGCGAAAUCGAUAAGUACUCUGGCGCAACUAGCGGUUGAGUUGCAGGUAAAAUGAACUGAAAUUGGGAGUCCCGAUAUUAUGAGGGUAUCAAAUAAUCGAGUGGUGACAAUCAUUAGCGAAACUAGACGAUUUUAUUAGGACAGGCCAAAUUAAAAAUAUGACAACACAUGCUAAUUACAACUUAUUACUCUACGGGGGAAGUUAUUGAUCAUAAUACACCUGUAACGGAAAAAAACUAACUAUUACUUGACAUAACAUAAAAAUAAACGUCAAAUUAUUUUUAUAUGAUUGAAUUUCAGGUAAUUAUAUCAAACCGGCAUCUACAGUAGGUAUUAACGUAUUACCCAUGCAUCAGUGGCGUAUUUGACUUAGUAUGGGGGAGAGAGGGGCGACACUGAAAUUAUUAUACACAAGCUUAUAUUCUAUCCUAAUGAUCUUUCAUGUAUACCUAUGUAUAUUUUUUAAACAAAAUAUAUUAGGCAUUUUAGAUGCGGAAAUUAAGUUUUUAAUUUAGAAUUCUAUUAUUAUUAUUUUUUUUUUAUAUAUAAUUUCGUCGUCUAAUAGUUGGUAAUAUUUGUAAUAACUGGGCGAAACCGGUUUAAAAAAAAUAUUAUCAUGCCUAACGUAUUACAUGAAUAAUAUUAAUAAAGAAAACUUGUGGACUCCUACUUGGGAUUCCGUCUAGAUUAGGUACUGAAGUACUUUCUAUUGAAGUCGUGACUCAAAACUGUUUUGUAUUUAUUUUCGAAAAAAUUAUAUACUUCAAAAUGUUUGUAAAUUUUUAGUUUACAUCAUUUUUUCCUUUUUUAAAUUGCUUACCAGUGAACUAUAAUCUUAUUAUAAUAAUAAUAAUAAUCUGAUCUAAACUAAGUUAAAAUAUUAUUAAAAAUGUAAAACCUUUAAUGAGUAAGUAAAGAGAACAGGACAUUUUUUUUAUUCUCAAUCAUUGAUACUGUACACAAAACACAACGAAUUUGGGUUACCAAUAAAUAGCUAUAAUAAGUCAUAUAAGACUUAAAAAUAUAGAAGGGCAUAUAUUACUAUGCAUGAUUCUAGUAAAUUUGAAAUGUCGAUGAUCAAAACGUGUUUAAGGCGGAUUGAGGACGCAAUACACUAAUUUCAUAAGCAAUCGCAAGUUUUCAAUAACCUAUUAAGGAAUUCCAGAGGAAUAUUUACGAUUUUGGUGAUAAAAUUAAACAAAUUGAUUGGCAUCCUUUAUUUUCCGAAAAUCCUUUUUCACUCAUCAGCGCAUAUAAAGGUAUUUAACCCCCGACAAAUCUUUUAAGGUCUCUUGAUUUAGAAAAUGUGUACUUUAUUGCCAUUCAAAAUUUAUGGCAGCGAAUUUUGCAAAUAUAUAUGCACUCAAAACGGGUUCUCAUUAUAAUACACUUGAUAUGACGUACCUUUCUACUUAACAAAAUAUUUGGCUGAUGAACGCAUGCACGUUAAACGUAUGGCUCGUUUCGUUUGUCAACUCGAGUGCGAGCUUUUAAUCGAAAAUAAACCUAAAAAUGUUAACAAAACCCCGUCAAGUAAUAUACGAGGUGUGGCUAUUAAAUAACGAGACUGGUUACGAAAAAGUGUUUUAUUAUAAGUUAUUCUACAUUCAAAUGCUCCCCUUCAAUGUACACUCCUCCCCUCGCCACACACCGUUUCAUUCGUUUCUUCCAUUGCUCGAGGAUGUGCUGGAAGUCUGUUUUCGUAAGACCAUUCAGGAGUUUCGCCGAUUUUUGUUUCACCUCUUCCAUCGACUCAAACCGGAUUCCUUUUAAGGCAGACUUUAUCUUCGGAAACAAGUAAAAGUCGCAGGGUGCCAAGUCGGGUAAGUAAGACGCGUGUUCGAGUACUGGAAUGCCUUAAGCGGCCAAAUAACGCUUCACGCUUUAUCCUGGUGCAAGAUCCACGACUUGUUUUCCCACAAUAUCAACCGUUUCUUACGAACUCAUUCGCGCAAUUUUGCCAAAACUGUCAAAUAGUAAUGUUGGUUCACAAUUUGACCCUCUGGAACCUAUUCAGUCAUCACGAUGCCGUUGAUAUCGAAGAAAACGGUUUUGAAUUUGGAUUACGACUGAAUUGGAUUCCGGUGCACUCUCGACCUUCAGAAAAUAAUUUAUGCCACUCAAAAANGCCCGAGAUAGGAAAUCCUCACUAUAGGCCUUUUUUAACAACUUAUAGCACUCAGUUGGAGUUUUUUUUAGUUUAACGAGAAAAUUUUACGUUUAUCCGUUGCUCGUGUUUUUCGUCACACAUGGUUUUCAGCACGAGAAAAAAACACGUUCGUUUCAAACCACUACUGCACAAAUACUAUAAUAGUUACGAAAACGUGUUUUGGUACGUGCAUAGAUAAGAUAUCUAGAUACCAAACGCAUUACCCGUUUUUUUCACUACCCCUCUAGGGCCCCCUCUAGGCGAGAAGUCUCGUUAUUUAAUAGCCAUACCUCGUAUAAGUACUUAACCCGGAUUUCCAAAAUUUCCCAUUUUCAGCUUUAAAUACCUAAGUUUUCACUGUGAAUUACUUAUUAUAAUCGCCUAUCUUCGUAUAUUUUUCGUUGCAAAAACUACCCAUUAUUACACGAUUUAUUUAUUUGCAUUAAAUUGUUUUUUUUUGCAGUAGUAUUUCAAUACAUUUAAUACAUUUAUAUAUAUUACAUUAUAUUUAUUUAUAAUUUUUUAACUAUGUAACUUUCCGAUUUUCGAAAAAUAUUAUUAUUAUUACUUUUUAGUCUAUCUAAAGAAUUUAAAAUAAUAGGUUUUUUUCUGUAUACGUAAUAAAAAUUUCAAAAUCUUUUAUUCUAUUUAUAUUAAACGCAAUUUUUAAAUAGAAAUUAAGUAUACAAUUUAAAUUAUUACUAACAGCGAAACGUAAUUAUACAUUUUACGAGUUAUAUAUGACAACAUUAUACGUAUUAUACUCAUAUGAAUACAAUAAUAUAAUUUUACAUUUUUAUUUUAGGUUAGAAAGAAGUUUAAACGUGAAUAUAUACGAUUAAUAUAACCGUAAUUAAUUAUUUAUUAAUAAAUGCUCGUAUAAAAAAAGGAGUUAAAAAUUUGAUCAUAAUAAUAUUAUAGUAUUAUAAUUUAUAAUAAUAGUAACCUUGAAAAGUAUUGAUUUUUCCGUAAACGAGGACAGAAUAUUACAUAUUAUAUUUACUGAAACUUACUUGUAUAAUAAUAACGAUUAAAUUUAUUCACGAAUAUUUAUGCAUAAAACGACUCACAUAAUAUUAAAUUAAUAUUAUCGCAUAUUAUUAAAGAUGUUGGUGUAUAAACUAUAGGGAGUAGUUAUUGUUUACCUAUAUUAUAAUCUAUUUAAACUAACCCAUUAAAUUAGUAUUCUUUUUCGAGUAUAAUUAAAAAGAAAUACUAAAUAGUCAUACACUUGAAUAACCAAUGAAAUAUCUUUGAUGUCAGGGAAGAAGAACUUAAGUUAAUUUUCGGAAUUUUUUUUUUUGUAAUUUCCACUUAUGUAUUUUAAAUAUUCAAAUUGUUUGUUUUGAUAACCAUACAAAUUUGACUUAAGCCAAUAAAGAUAAUCUAAUAUGAUUGAAAAUUACACAACCAAAAUAUUUAAAUAUUGUUCGACAAUAUUCAAUUUUCAAUACAAUAAUUUAAAUGCUAAUUGUUAAUUUUAAAUAUAUAACCACAAGUACAGGUAUUUUGAAUAAUUAUAAAUCGUUGUUAUCAGUAUACACCUAUAUUGUGUUUUCAAAGUUCAAAAACUCUAAUAAAUACAAUAAAUGUAAUGUAUAAGUUGUUAUGAGAAUGUCAGCGGGUAGUAUAAAAUUGUAUAGGUACGAAUUAUUACAAUCGUACAGUUAAUAUUUUUUUCUCGGUUAUUAAUAUUAGUAUAAUAUUAUGAAAAAUAAAUAAAUUAUUAUGACAACCACCCUGGGGCGUUUAAUUUGGAUUGCUCGUUUAACAACGCUAUUGGUACCUAUAUACUAAUAAAGUAUUAUUUAUUGCUAUACACAAAGUGUACUGUGGGCUAUGGAUAAACCUGCUUAAUUAUUACACUAUAGGGACAAGGAAUCACAAUCGUUUUUCCGUUUUAGAAUUUAUAUGAUGAUCGUUUAAUGGCAGCAGAGCACGGGGUCUACUAGAAUUAUUGAGUGAAACGAUUUCUUAUAUUAUGACGAUACUCGUCAUAAUAUCCGAAUAAUAGUCUCCGAAUUAUCUCAAUAUUCUAUCCAUAUUUUUUUUAUUGUUUUAGACUAUAAUACUACGUCAUGACUAAACCUGUAAGGGUUAUACAUACAUAAGUCGAUGUAUAAAGCGUGCUUCAUUAUUAUUACUAUUACUAGCGUUAUUAUACAUAAUAUUAUAUUGACCACCCUAAUACACUUGAAUUAUGAUGACUCACGAAAACUUAAAAAUAACACGCAAUGAGUGAAUCAUAGUGUACCUAUUGAUAUUAGGCUGUAUGUAGGCACAGCUAUGUGUACAAACAAUUUGAUUAUAUUAUAAUAUAUCUACACAGUUUCUACUUGGUUAGCUAAUAUUCCAUAUUGAUUUUAGUUAAAAUUGUAUUAUUUUUGUUGUCAACGAAUAUUACAAAAUAUAGGUAUUACCUACGGAUUUAUUAAAUUGUAUCUAUGUGUGGUGGGUACUUACUAAUAGCAUACCUAAUUCUAAUAACUGUGGCAACACUGCGUAAUACAAAAACGCGCUAAACUAUAGUUAUAUAGGAGUACUGAACUUAUUAGUGUUCAAUAUAAGUUUGUUUUGAAAACAAUUUUAAAAAAUUAUACCAAAAUAUUUAACUACCCCCUUAGCUACAUAGGUAUAGGGAAUAGUCUUUUUCUUAAAAAAAAAAUAAUUUGGAUACAAUUAUUUUGCAUUCGUAAUGAAUUACCGAACCCAAUAGUCAUGCUAUAUUCAUAGGAUUAUGUGAAUAAUACGGUCUAAAUUAUACAUUUAAUUAUAUUUUAACUUAAAAAAAAUAAAUAUGUAUUUAUUCGUGUAAACUAAAAAAACAACUAUAGGUAAAAAAAAACUCGAUGCUAUUACAGAUACAAAAAUACCCGUUUAUAAUUUGUAGACAAUAAAUAUACGUAACAAACAUUCUAAAAAAAUAAUAAUAAUAAUAAAAAUCAAUAGGUAUACUCACCGCGUAUUAUUAUUGUUAUUAUACUUCUCGUUUGCAAAUAUUACGCGCCCGUUGGAAACAUCGCGUCCUGCCGAGUGUGGGCACGAAGAAAGAAAAUCAAUAAUUCGCGCGUGCGUUCGAUUCGUUAAACAAAUUCGGAUUAGAAUGCCGGACUGUAUAAUAUAAUCAAACUUUUAUUCAAAUCGAGACCGUGAGAUCCGACACCGAAUGAGUAUAAAUGUAUAAUACAGGAAAUAACGGUGGACCGUAUAGGAAAUGCAAGGGAACGAACCGCGCUCGUAGCACACACCGCAGUCGUACGUUACGGCCCGUGUGCAGGGUACACACCUGUUCGUAAAAUCGAUAAUAACCAACGAACGAAAUCCGGGUCCGGGGAUUUUUUUGCGCGAUUUCGUCGUUUCGUUCGUGACACGGCCGACCGACCGAAAUCAACGGGUCGUUUGCCGUUGCAAGUGCGACUUUUUCGAUGAAAAUCGCACAGCAUUGCGUGCCGCCCACGAUUUUCGGACGGCCGCGAGAACGGAAUGGUCCGACAAUCCGGUCAAUACUUCUCGGUACCCGACUAUAGUGUCGCCAUCUAGCGUUGCGCGUGCGAUCGUUUUGACGUGUGCGGCGCGCACGUAUAUUUACGGCAGAUCGAAACAAUAAUAUUUCGGUAAAUGACACGCUGCCUGUAUAGAUAAUAAUUACAAUACAUUGAUAGACUUAUGUAUAAAAUGUAUUUCGCAGCUCCUGUUCGGAAAUAUUAUAAUAAUUUAUAGUUACGUUUUUUCGCGUCAUCAAAAAUCGAUUUUAUUUCAAUACAAUCGCGUAAAAUCAAUCCGAUAGCAUUGUUAUAGAAGACCGACUGCAACGAAAACGGGACUUUUUUAAUGCAUGAUUAUAAUAUACUCUCGCCGUUGAUAAAUACAAAUUCGCUUGUAAAUUCGGCCGAUUUGUUUCUCCGUCGGGUCUUGCGUGUAACGGCAGCGUAUUUAGAGCUAGGAGAUUAAGGAGAUAUACCUACCUAUCAAUGCUCUUCCGAUGAACUUUUCUUUUUCUGUGUAUAUUUUUUUCAAUAUAUGACUUUCUAUUUUUCAAUUACCUUUUUUUUUUUAUUUUCCAGUCAGAUAAAAUCAAAUAUAUAUUAUGUAUUCACGUACAAUUAUUGUAAUCAUAAAUUAACUAUAUAGAUACAGGUACCGACUAAUAUAUAGUUGCGAUUAUGUAGUUAUUUGAUUUCAAUUUUAAUUUCGGGGCAGAUCGAAUUGUAUAUAAAUUAUAAAUUUAUUGCGUUGUUUUAAAUCUUUACUCUUUACAAAUACGCGAGUUAUACAAAAAUGAAAAUAAUAUUCAAAUUCAAUAUUUCUCUGUUAGACCAAACCAUGUCCUAAACACGCCCACUAGUGUGAGGUGUUGACAUUUUUUUAAAAUAGUAAAAUCCAAUCGUAAAACGAUUGUACCGUGUCAAACGAUAUUACGAUUUUCAAGGUGAUGUUUAUAAUAUAUUUCGUAUAAUUUACACAAUAGGUACCUAUGUUAUUAUUUGAGCCUGUCGCGAUCGUGCCCGACCGCACUCAAUAUUUUCUACGUUACAUUAAAAUAAUCACUGUACUACCCACCUAUAGAAACACAAUAACACAUUAGUUUAAUAUUGUGUCUAACAUACCCACCCACAUACAUUCUGGAACCAUAUUAAAAUAGUCGUGAACAUAUCACUAUGUUAUAAUAAUACUGUGUACAUAGUAAAACAAAUCAAAACUAUACAAUCGUAUAACAAAUUGCAUUGCUUAACAAAUAAUAAAAUAUAUCAAUUUAAAUUGUUUGUAUGAACGAUUAUCGUGUAAAUUAAAAUCAUUUUCAACCGAAUAAAUAAAAUGGAUAUUGGAUAAAUUUAAAAUCGUUUAUAAUUGUGUGUGAUCGAUAUAAUAAUAGGUAUUAUAGCUAUAUUAUAUAAGUAUAGUAUUAGCCAUUAGGUAAAAUAUAGGCAGUACCGGCCCUAGGGGGGGGGGCAAGCGGACAUAUUUUAUUAGUAGAGUUAGAAUGUUGAUGAUUUGCAUUUGUUUUUUCUUUGAUUCUAAUAAUACAAUUCUAUCUUAGCUAAAAGUCCGUUUCAUGUUUUCUUAAUUCAGAAUAUUCUUAUUUUAUUUUGCAUUUUUAAAUAUAAAUGCAUUUUUUUUUGUAUAUAGCGUCAUUUUUAUGUGUUUUUUAGGUCAUCAACAUUCUAACUCUAUUUAUCAUCAUGGAACAUUCUAUUGCCGAUUCUUUGAACUACAAUGAGACAAUUGAACUGUUUGCAUAAAACAAAAGCACGAAUUGCUUUGUCAACAAAACCUCUGUCAUAUUAUGGUAAAAUGAUUACAACGAUGUGUGUUUCCAUGAGACCAAUUAUUGCUUAACAAAUAUUAAAAUAAUAAAAAUUUAAUAAUAAAAAAUAAUUAAAAACGGUUUCCAAUGAUAACCUUAUUUUAGAUUCUGAGUGGAGCGAAGUUUUAUAAAGAUGUUUAUUUUUUUUAUUUAUCUGUGAAUACUGACUAUUAAUAUUUAUAGUUGAAUAGUAGUGUUAGGUUCAUUAGGUUAAGUGUUAUUCGAUCAUAAAAUAUUUUGUUAAAUUAUUUUAAAUAACUAAUUAAAAUACAUACUUGUAAUUUGUGUAUUUAUUUAAAAAUAAUUUAUAAUCAAUUCGAAUUACUAUUAUUACACUAAAUUCGAAUUAUUUCAAAGAAGUUUGAAUUUCCCAUAUAUUUCAAUGUUAUAAUAUCUUUGGAAAAAAAACAUGUGUUAUUCUUUUUGUUUUGAUUUUGGUUUUUUUUUCCGCAGUUGCGUCAGGUAUAGAAAAUCGUUAAUUCCUCGUUGCCUACUGAUAAAACACAUUAAAUAGAUUAUGUCAGUGUUUUGAAGUUAAAUGACUCAAAUGUGAAUUUUUACCGAAGAUUACUUUGUGUUUAUUUGUGUGGAUAGAGAAUUUGAAAAACACUUGGCCGAUUCAUUGAACAUUGUACCGUCAAUAGUAUUAACGUUUACAUUUAAGGUAUGUUUUAUAAUAAUUUAUUAUUUAUGUUAAUGUUUAAAUAUUCAACAUUAAGUUCAUUAAAGAUAGAUAUGUAUAAUAUUAUAGUUUUGAUGAUGCUCAUAAUUUAUCAAAUAAACACCAAUAUUCGCAUUAUUGAAUGUUUUAUAAAACUAACCAAUUAUUCUAAUGAACUUCUAUUUUAUGUAGGUAUUAAUGAUAUGUAUUUUACCUGAUAUUGUUUACAUUUUGUAAAAAAAAAAUAAUAUUUUACAUAAUUUGUCUAGGUACCUAUGUUUUAUUUUUCGGAUUGUUAACUGUAAAUUGAUUAGUGAUUCUAAAUUUCACAGAAGCUACCCGAGUUUUGUACUAAAUUAAACAAUUUUACAAUUCACGUUUAUAGAUUAUUUACCUAACAUAAAUAAACACAUAAUUAAUACUUAUUAGAAUAGGUAGUAUAUUUUAUAUUGACUUAUUUCAGUUAUAAUUCAUUAUACCUAGUCAAGUAGGUAGUUAUUUAGUUGUAGAAUUUUUAAAUUAAAUUUGUUUGACUUUGUGAAUUAUUUUUUGUUGAUUAAGUACCCAGUAUCUAUUGUAUUUCCCUAUUAAACAUCUUUUAAUUAUUUUGUUUAUCAUAUUUCCAAAAUUAUAAAUUGAAUACCUUGGGUUACAAACAGUUUUACUAUUCUCAUCUUUAAUUAGUUUAUGUAUCAUUAUUGCUCAUUACUAUAUAUUUGAUAUAGAUUGGAAUGAUUUUAUAGGUGUAAAAAAGUAUUGUCAGUUCUCCCUUUUCAAUGUAUUAAUUUAAAAAUAAUAAAACUGCAUAUAUGGCUUUGAAACUAACCAUCAACCUACUUAAAAAGAAAUUUAUUAUAAAAAUCAGUCUAUGUAGGUUGGUUAUAUCCAAAUAAGCAAACCUGUUUAGAACCUCUCACUCAUAUCUUCUGAAUCUUUACAUUGGAUAUUUAUGUGUACAGUGCAUUUAGUUGUAAAGUUUAAAUCUACCCACACAAACUUGUGCAUCAUUUUUGCAGUAUUAUACAAGUACACCCUAAAAAAUAAAUUUUCAUAAAUUCAUUUUGUUGAAACUUAAUAUAAUUCUGAAUAACAAAUUGACAGUUUAAAAAUUAUAAUGAGGGCAAUUUAUCAAUUAGUUUUAUGUUUAUAUGAUAAUUUCUACAAAAAUAUAUGUACAUUAUGAAAGAAAAUUUUGUCUAGUUUGUGAGUAUAAAUGAGUAUAAAUUAUGAUAGAGACCUUUACUUUUCAUAAAAUAUUAUAAUAUUAAUAAUAUUGAUAAUAUUGAUCUUUUGUUAGACGUAAAAAUUUUAAAACAUUAUAACUCAUUUUAGGAUAUUUAUAGGUAUUUGAUAUUUUUAUGUUUUUAUAUGUUAUUUUAUUUGACAGACAUCUGUUAUUAGAAUAUGGUACUUAAGUAGUAUUAAAAGAAAACCAUUCUAGAUAUUGUAUGUUCUAUUAUGUUGAAUAUGUUAUGUUAUAUAUAUUGAUAGUUUAUAGGUUACUGGUUUAAAAAUAUAAAAUUAAUAUCAAUGGAUAUCUAUCUGAAUAGGUAAUUUAGAUUUUUUUUUACAUCUAUUUCAAAUAUUGAAAAAUAUAUCCAUAUAACAUAUUUAAAAUCUAUGUACAAAAAGUAAAAAAAAAAAAUUAAAAAUUACUGCAGAAUUUUAGUAUUUAUAGCAAUUUUUAAUUUUUAGGUUAGAUGUUAGUGUUUACCUUUAAUGAAUAAAAAAUAUUUGUUUAUAGAUAAACUUGAAUAAUAUUAUGUUAUAUACCUAAAUUAAUUCAUAAAACACAUCUUUUAAAUAUUCAAAAUAAAUAUUUUAUUUUAUCUAGCACAUUAAUGAACUAAAGAAACAUCCAUCAAAUUAAACCUUGAUUAUUAUUAUCCUUUAUAAUUUAUGGAAUAAUGACUGCCGAAGAAGACACUUCAUAUACAAAGUUACCCAUUGAGGAACGAUGUGUACAUAAAGUAAUUAUAUUUUUUACUCUGAUAAUAUUUAUUUAAUGUAGUUUUAACAGCAUUUUCAAUAACUGAAAAAGUAAAUUUUGUAUUUUGUAAAAAUACCUAAUAAAUGGCUAUUGGUAAAACUGGUAUUGUCACAAAUGUAAUAUUGGUAAUCUAAGCUUAAAGCUUAUUGUCAAUCAUUGAUUAAUAUUAGAAGUUAAUCGAAGAGCCGGAGAAACAAGAAGCUUUCUGAAAACCUUAAAAACAAAAAGAGUAAUUGGAUACAUUAACAGUUUACUUAGCAGAAUAAUAGAAGGUGCCAUUGAUAGAAAUAAUAGCAGGGGGCGACUAUCACUGGACUACAUUAGUCAAACAGUAAGAGAUAUGGACUGUAUAUUGUAUUGUGAAUCACAAAGGAAAAUGAAGAAAUGUUGGGAGUGGAAAAUUACUGCCAACCAGCGUUUGGGUUGUUAACAAAAGGGGGGAGGAUUAAUAUUAAUAUUUACGUAGUAUUUCAGUUAUUUUAAAUUUAAUUAUGAACUAAAAUAAUAUUAAAAUUGUUUAUGUUUGUUAUCUUUCUUUCAAGUUAUGGAAAGCUAGAAUAAGUGGUUAUGAAGAAGCUAUAAAAUUAUUUGGACAAUUGGAUGAAAAAGCUCCUGAAUGGAACAAAUUUACUGGAAUAGUUAAGAAAUUUGUUAUUGACAGUAAUGCAGUUGCACAGGAAAAAGGUCUUGUAGCCACAUUGGUUUUUGUGGAAAACUCUGCUACUGCUGGACGGUUUGUUGAUCAUUAUCUUCUUAUUUUAAGUAUAAAUUAUAAUUUAAUUUUUCAUAUUAAUUUAGUACGGUAGGGGAUGUUAUGACUGGAUUGAUAACAAAAUGUUAUGGCGCACCAAAAGCAAAAACUAAAGAUAUUGCUAUACAAAUAACAUUAAUGUUUAUUGAAAUUGAGAAGCAAGAUAUAGUAAUUGAGGAAUUAAUUAAAGGAAUGGAUCAUAAAUUUCCUAAAAUUGUUUCUACUUGUAUUAAAGCUUCAACACAAGCAAUAAAGUAUGUAAAAAAUGUAAAGAAAUAUUUGUACAACAUCAUGUUAUAUAUUUAUUGGAUUUAUAUAUAAUAAUAAUAAUGAUAUUUUAAUUUAAUACAGAGAAUUUGGUUCGAAAGUUUUGAAUAUUAAGCCACUGUUGAAAAAACUACAGUCAAUACUAGAAGAUAGGGAUAAAAGUGUUAGAGAUGAAGCAAAAUUGUUGGCAAUAGAAAUUUAUUCAUGGAUUGGGCCUACACCAGUGAAAGCUAAUUUAGCUAAUUUAAAACCUUUACAAGUAUACAUAUUACUCUUUUACAAUACUAUAAUACUUUAUUUUAAUACAUAUAUUUAUUAGAUUCAAGAAUUAGAAGCAGAAUUUGAAAAAGUAAGUGGGGAUAAACCACGACCUACACGUUAUUUACGUUCUCAACAAGAACAAGCCGCUAAAAUGGAAGAAGUAGUAACUGCGAAUGGAGGUAAAUUUGCAAAAUAAUUAUAACAAGUGAGCUAAAUUAAUGAACAAAUUUAAAUAAUAGAUGUGGUAUUGGAAGAAGCUGUUGACGAGGUUGACGAUCCUGAAGAACAUAUUGAUCCAGUUAACAUACUUUGUCAGCUUAAUAAAGACUUUUAUGAAAAGCUUGAAGCAAAAAAAUGGCAAGAACGUAAAGAGGCUAUUGAUAUGCUUGAAGGAAUAUUAUCUAAAGCUCCAAAAUUAGAAAGUGGGGAAUAUGGAGAUUUAGUGAGAGCUUUAAAAAAAGUAAAACAUUUUUUUAGUUAGUUAAUUAAUUCUGAAUUUGUAGUAUAAUUAAUUAUUUUAUUUUUGUUUCAUAGAUAAUUACCAAAGAUACAAAUGUUAUAAUAGUGGGAAUUGCUGCCAAAUGUAUGGCCAUGUUGGCUAAUGGAUUAAAAAAACGAUUUGAAACUUAUGCUUCUGCUUGCAUACCAGGACUAUUAGAAAAAUUUAAGGAAAAGAAACAAAAUGUGGUUUUACCCCUACGGGAUGCUGUUGAUGCCAUAUACUUAAGUGUAAAUAAAAAUUUGAUUUAUUAUUAUUAUUAUUAUAAAUUGUACAUUAAAUAUAAUUCUUAAUAAUUUUAGAUGACACUUGAAUCUAUUCAUGAAGAUAUUUUGGCUGCAAUAGACAAUAAAAAUCCAUCAGUAAAAGCUGAAUCAGUAUCAUUUUUAGCUCGAUGUUUCACAAAAUGUACACCAACAAUUUUAAACAAAAAAUAUUUGAAAAUUUUUACUACUGCAUUAAUAAAAACAUUAAAUGAAUCAGGUAAUUUUCGUUUUUAAUGUACAACGAUUAGACAAUAAGACCAUACCUAAACAAAAGUAUCAACCACUAAAAUUGUUUAAAAAUAUAUUUUUUAAUGGCUAUUUUUAAUUUUAUGUUAAUUCAGUAAAAGAAAAAAAUUUCCAUUAUAGUAGUGCAGAUUUAUUAUUUAAAUAUAUAUAUAUUUAGUAUAUGUAAUAUAUGUAUAUAUUACAAAUUUUAAAUAAAACAAUAGUUAGUUCAAGUGUCAGAUCAUUGUGCGACACUGUAUAACCAUAAUAUAAUAACCUAGUUUGUUUUCCUCUUAUAUCUUUAUAGUCUCUAAGUAUAUAUUUUUUUACCAUCAAGUCAUUAUUCAAUAUGAUGAUUUAAUCAUGGGUUUUUAUUUUUUGUAUCAUUUAAUAUUUAAUUGGAGAAAUAUAUAUUUACCAUACAAAAUAUAAUAUAAUGGAUGCAUAGGGUUCCAAAUUAUACCUUUUGAUACAACAUGUUUAGCUAAUAUUGAAACGGCACAAAAUGCUUCUUGACCGGUCGGUAUUAUUUCACUUCUGGACAACUUAAAACCAUUCUGACCUGUAUCUCGUAGUUCCAGUGUAAAUGCAUAUUUAACUUUUGCUGUUCCUUUUAUCCAAUCAAUUGAUGUUCCUAUACAAUUAUUAUUUAGUAAAUAAUCAUACCUUAAUUACUAAAAUUACUAAUGGAUUAAACCUGAUAAAUUUUUUUGCAUAAUAGUAUUUACUGAGCCAACAUUGUAAGUUUUAGAAGUUUUCUUAAAUAUUUCUUGUGCCAUAGAUGUAGCUAUUUCAAAAUGAUCAUUGUGGUCUUCUAAACGUGCAUUAGUGUAUGCCCAAGGGUACAUAAUAGAUUGUCCAUAUGCAUGGAGUGAUAUAAAUCCCUAUUUAUAAUGUGAUUUAUAUUAAUAGAAAUAUUGAUAACUCAAAAAUACAACUGAAUGUUAAUUAUAUACGAAAUAUCAAAUAGGUUGUUCUGUAAUAUAUUAGUAGCUUAUUUAUUUUUAAUAUUGUAAGAGGUUGUAAAUUUAUAAAACCAUACAUGAAACAUUACAUAUUCAUUGAUAUUCAUAUACUGAUUUUUAUAAAUCGUUAAUUGUAUUUUUUAAUAUAAUAAUUGUAUAUUUAAAAAAAAACAAAUAAAACACGUUGAAAAUCAUUCAAAUUAAUGUAUUUGAAUUCAAUUUUUUCUAUCAAAUUUAUUUAAGAUAUGAUAAUGAUUUCAUUGUGAAUCAAUUCUUUUUAAUAUAUAAUAAUCUAUGUAUAGUCUAUACUUAUUAAGUGGUCAUAUUUCAUACAGCGUAUUAACAUGAUUUAUUAAAACAUUUGUUUAUGUAAUUAUAUAUGUAUGGUGAUGAAAUUGUAUACAAUUAAGUUUUGUUCUGAAACUUACACACUAUACAUAUAUUUAGACUUACCUUUAUAUCAUCUACAUUUUUUUCAAUAAAUUUGAUAAUUGCUUUUAUUUCUAAUUCUGAAUUUGGAACUGGUCCUCUAUACACAUCUGAACAAGAAUUCUUUUCAGAGUUAGUACUGUUCCAAUCAUAAUCCCAGUUACGAUUUAAAUCUAUUCCUAUACAAUCUUUGUUCUCAGUUUCAGCAUAAUUUUUCCUCCACAUUCUAUCCUUUUCAUGUGCAUAUGCAUAUCUAAAUAAUUAUAUUUUAAUGUCAGAAAAUGUCAUGUUUUUAUUGCUGACAAUUUUAAGGCCCCUAAAUGAAUAAAUUAAUAAUUUGCAUAUAUAACUACCCGUCUGGAUUUACAAUUGGCAUUAAAACAAAAUGUAUAUUUCUCAUAUAUUUUGGCAAAUUGUAUCUAUUAUUUAUCAAUUCGUUUGCUAUGUAAAUCAUAGAAGAUAUUGUAAUCCAUUCUCUUGCAUGAAUGCCUAUUUUAAGUAUACUAAAUUAUACAGAUUUUCUGUAGCUAUUUAAUUAACAAGUGAUGUUUACAGAUUUACCUCCAUCAAUCCAAAUCAUAUUUUUGUUAGUAAGGUUUUUAUCUGGUUUUAUGUGUAUGGUUUUUAAAGGAGUUCCUCGUUUAGUAUAUCCAAUAUUAAUAAUGUCUAUAAAAUCAAAUCCUUGAUUUUGUAAAUUUUCAAGAAAUUCGUAAAUUUCAUUUGUUGUAUAAAAUUCCUUUAACAUUAGCGGAAUUUCCUAAAAUGUUAAAAUAAAUUGUUAAUUCUUAUUUUUGCUUUAAAAAAAAAAUUAUUGAUUAUUUUGUGAUUUAGAAAGAAAUAAAAUGUGUUCUUUUUUCCGUUUCAUAUUGAAGUAAUAUUUCUUUUUACUUUAUCAAUAAUUAUUAUAUUUUUCUGUUUUUUUAAGAUUUAAAAUUUAACUUGACUAAAUCUAAAUAGGUAAAUCUCAUACAGUCAGAACUUACAUUUACCAUUGGUUUUAAAGCAAACAAAUUCAUUUCUUUUUGGUGAUUUUUGAAAUUAAUGUUAAAUGUUGAACAGCGUAAUAUAUUUGUCAAACAUAGUAUACAAUAUACUAACUUCACACACAAUUUCAUAUUAAUAAAAAAAAGAAAUUAAUUUUUAAUAAUUUAAUAAAUAAAAGUUUAACUUAUAAAUUGGUUUUUCUCCUGUUUAUAUACAUUUCUAUGACAACACAUUAAACAUUUUUAUUUUAUCUCAUUAUUCAAUAAUUUUAUUGAGACUAUUAUAGCAAAUUAUUCAAUAUAAAAUGUGAUAACAUAUAAAACCCAAUAUAAGUCAUAUUUUACUAUUUUAGGAAAUCCACUACUGAGGUUCAAAGAAAGAUUUUUAAAUAAUUUUUCUUCUUUUUCUUGGGUAUUAACAGCCACUAGGACCGCCCUGUUGAACAACCAAUCCUCCAAGUCUCUCUGUUAACUGCUUUGUUUUUCAAUCUGGGCCUCCAUUUAAUGACUCUAUGUCUCUUUACUAUGUCUUCUCAUCUUAAACGGGGUCGUCCAAGAGGUAUUUUUCCUUCUGGAUCCUCUGUCAACACCAUGUGCAAUAGUGAGUUUUGACCACCCCAGGCGUGACCAUCACACUGUAACCAGAUUAUGUUUAAUAUUUUUGGAUUCUAAAAGAGUAGUUUUUCUAAUUCCUUGUUUUUUCUUAUUCUCCAUCUGGUGGUUUCCUCAUCAAAAGAUGAGUAAAAACUGGAUCAAAGAUUUUUCUUAGGAUUUUUUCUCCAGAAUAAUAAGUUUCUUUUACUCCAUUUUUCUUAAUAUCCAUGUUUCUGUUUCCUUUGUAAUUACAGAGCGUAAUAGUGUAAUAUUUAAUUGUAUCUUUAUUUCUCUCGACAAAGACCGGACUCCAGUAUUCUUGUGAGCCUUUAGAGACAUUUGUUUCCUGACAUGAUUCUUGCUGCUACUUCUUUUUGAGUUUUAUUUUUUUUUUUCGUUAAUACCAAAUCUAGGUAUUUAAUUUGAUUGAUUCUAUUGAAUUCAUGAUUACUCUCUUUUAAGGAAAGAAAUAUUCUCGUACUAUCUCUUCUCCCCACCACCAUAUAUUCUGUUUUUCCAUCAUUUAUUCGCAAACCAACUUUUUUCACUGCCUCCUCCAGUCGGCCAAAUAGGGUUCUUAGGUCUUUGUGUGACUUAUCCAUGAGGACCAAAUCGUCUGCAUAUGCCAAUAAUGCCACAGUAGACUCGUGUAGUGACACACCCUCUUAGGGUCCAAUAUUAGUUUCCUUUAUAACUUUCUCUAAUACUAAGUUAAAUAGAAUAGGUGACAGAGUUCCCCUGUUAUAGGCCUAAUUUCAUUAUUGUUAUUUGGUUGGUUUCAGUUUCUCUCACUUUUAUUUUAAUGAAUAUUUCUUUAAUGUAUGUCGAUACUAAUUUUACUAACUUUUGUGGGAAGUUAUACUCUCUAAGAAUAUUCAUCAAACUUUUGUAAUGAAUACUAUUACAUGCCUUCUUGAAGAGCAUAUGCAUUUCCUUGUCAAACUUCCAUGUCUUUUGAAAUAGUUGUCUAUGAAUAAAUAUUUGGACCAUCAUAGAUCAUCUUAGUCUAAAGCCUCCCUGAUAAUCGCCAAUAAUUUGCUCUGAUUUAGUUUUUAUCCUUGACAAGAUACAAUUCACAAAAACUUUAUUCACAACACUUGGAAGGGCAAUCCUACGAUAAUUAUUGCAUUAUUCCUGUCUGUCCCACUUCUUAUGGACUGGACAUAGUUAUGCUAUUUUUCAAUUUUCCGGUAACUUUUUGGUAAUCUAUAUUCAGUUAAUCAAUUUCCACAGCCGGAGCACCAUUUCUUCUCCUUUUUUAAGGAGUUCCACAUGGAUUUGAUCCUCGCCAGGUGAUUUUUUAGUAUAUUUAUUUGGGAAUCUUAUCUUUUCUAGCGAUGGUUCUUGGCAUAUUUGUUCUUGUUUUAAAUAAUUAUCAAACGAUUUAUAUUCAAUUUCAUUUACAGACCCAACUGUCCGAGAUCAUUCUGCUGAAGCUCUUGGUACUGCAUGGAAGGUAGUAUCAGAAAAAAAUAUACUCCCAUUUUUAACUGGUGUUGAUGCAAUAAAACUUGCUAAGGUAAACAUAAUAAAUUAUAAAUAUAUUUGAAUAGUAUAUAAUAUUACUAAGUAUUAUUGUAUUAAGUAAUAUUAAGUAUUAUUGUAUUAUUAAAGUAUACAAAUUAAAAACUAUUUUUUCAGAUUAAAGAAGCAGCAGAGAAGGCUGUAAUUACUGCAAAACCAACUGUGGUAAAAGAACAUGUAUUAAAACCGACUAGUGUUUCAUCAAGUAAUUUAGAAAAAAAAACAUCUGCAUCUAAUAAAACAAAUCCUGCUAGAAGAAUUCGUACUGCAGUCGCUAAUCCUAGCACUAAAUCCACUGUUAAUAGUAAGGCCAAAAAACCUACAAGUGCUCCUGGUGGUAUGUGUAUUAAAUUUGUUUUUUUUUUUUGUUUGUUUUUUUUUUUUAAAUAUAUGUAUUAUAUACUAGGGGGUCGUAAAGCUUUAACAUCAAAAACACUUCCCCCCAUUGAAAGUGAAAAAGAAAUUGGUGAUGAUGAACUGGAAGAAAUAGCUUUAACGUUUUGUUCGCCUGAAAUUUUAAGUGGCAUGGUUGAUGCAAAUUGGAAGACCCGUUUAGCUACUGUACAAGAAUUUUCUCAAGUAUGUGUUAAUUUUUUUUAAACUUACAAAAUGUUAAAUACUUGAUAAUUAUUUAAAAUACAAUUAUUGUAGAUAAUUGAUCAGAUGGAGUCACCUCCAGUUAGCAGUCAAGUAUUAAUAAAAUUAUUGAACAAAAAGCCUGGUAUUAAAGACAACAACAUUCAAAUUCAAAAAUUGAAGCUCGAGUGUUUAAAGAAAGUUUUUGAAAAAUUUCCCACGACGAGGUAUUUAUUAAGAAUAUAGAAAUAGCUUUGUUUUUAUUGUAAUUCAUAUUUUGGUGACUCCAUUUAUCAUUAAAUAUUUGCAGUACUAGCAUGGACUGUUGUAUACAAGAUGUUUCAUCACUAUUAGGUGAUAAUAAAAAUGGUAAUUUAGCUGGUCAAGUAUUGACUACACUUGCUGAGUCAACUAGAUUGGAUUUGGUAUCAAAUGCAGUACUAGAAUAUGCAUUUACUGUACAGAAAAAUCCUAAAGUUCAAAUUGAUGCUCUUAAUUGGCUUUCUGGUGCCAUUUUAGAGUUUGGGUUUAUGUAAGUAUUUUAUGUUUUUUUUCUUUUGUUAAAACUAAAAAAUAUAUUUUUAUAAUAUAGAAAAGUUUUGAUUAAAUAAAAUAAUAUGAUCUUUUAAAAAUAUAUUUACCCAUCAACAUUAUGAAAUCUAUUCUUAGCUUCAUUUAUUUUGAUUGCUAUUUUAUUAAUUUCAAGGAAAAAUAUUUCCAAAUUUAAUAGACAAUAAUUAUUAUAUUAACUUUCACGCUAUCCAGGUCUGAAUUAGAGUAAGUAAUCUGUUUAUUAAUUUUUGAAAUUUUGAUUGAUAGAUAAUAUCAGUUUUCAAAAUAUUUUGAAUUGAUUAGAUAUUUGUAAUUAUUUAAGAAUGCUAAUAAUUAAAUAUUAGAAAUUAUAAUUUUGAAAGUUUGCCUGAAAGUUAUUAAUAUUAUAUACAUAUUAUUUUUUAAAUUUAGCAUUGAACCUAAAUCUGUGAUGCAAAAUAUAAAAAAGGCCGUGAGUGCUUCCAACCCUCAAGUAAGAUUAGCUGUUAUUUCUCUUCUGGGUGUUAUGUAUCUUUAUAUGGGACCUCAGUUAAGUCUAUUUUUUGAGAAUGAAAAACCAACUUUAGUGCAACAAAUCAAUGCUGAAUUUGAAAAGGUAUACUAAAUAAUUUGCAUAUAUUAUAUUGUAAUUUUUAAUAAAUUUCAUAUAAUAAUUAUUUUGUUCAAUAGCAUCAAGGCGAAGUUCCUCCAAAACCAACACGAGGAAAGAUAAUCGAUGGAUCUACUGAGUCUUUAGACGUUGCCAGUGAUGAUGAAAAACCAGCAUUUGAAGUUAAUAUACGAGACAUAGUACCAAGAGUUGAUAUAUCUCCUCAGAUUACUGAUGCUCUAAUUAAUGAAUUAUCAGAUAAAGAUUGGAAAGUAAGUAGAAACAAAUCUUUACAUUAUAAAAUACUUAUUUAAUUCAAUUUAUUUUUAGGUUCGUUCUGAUGCUUUAACCAAAUUACAAAAUAUUAUUACCGAAGCUAAAUUUAUAACAAGCGAACUAGGUGAAGCUAGAAAAGCUUUGCAAGAUAGGUAUAAAAACCUAUAAACUUUUUUUUUAUGUUUAAAGACAAUUGAUGAUUAAUCUGUUUAUUGUUAACUAGAAUAAGUGAUUCUAAUGCUCGUCUUGGUUCAAAUGCAAUAAAUUUGGUGGAAUUAAUAGCAAAAGCCAUGGGUUCAUCUUUUAAAAGUUAUAUAAAAGGUUAUUUACCUGGUGUAUUAAAUGCAUUAGGUGAUCCAAAGGUACUAUUUUUUUUUUAUUAUAAUCUGUUUAUAGAAUGUAAUUAUAAUAACUUUAAUUGAUAUAAAAAUUGUUUUAGACAUUUAAAUGUCAAAGUGCUCGUCAAUGUAUGAAUACUUGGGCAGACGUAUGUGGUUAUCGUGAAUUUUUCGGAGGUGAUAUUCUCUUGGAUGCUUUAAAAAACAAUUCAGUUACAUUACGAUCAGAGUUAUGGACUUGGCUGUCAGAAAAAUUGCCAUUAAGUACGAUUUUAAAUGUUAUUGAAAGUGUAUAAUUAAUAAAGUUAUAAAUUAUGCAUUUUUAUAGUUCCUUCUAAGACAAUUCCAGCUGAUGAGUUAAAAUGUUUAUUACAAGUUCUUUACAUUAGUCUUGAAGAUAGAAAUGCUAGUGUUCGUAGUGCUUCUGAAAAGGCUGUGCUUGGGUUUAUGAUGCAUUUAGGUUAUGCUUCUAUGUAUGGUGCUUGUGAAAAAUUGAAGGUAUAGUUAAAAAGUGUUAUCUUAAAAUUACAAUUUUAAAAUAAUAUACUUUUUUAGCCAAUGUCAGUCAAAUUCUGUAGAGAAAAAUUAGAUAAAGAAAGACCAAACUUACCUGUUGUACCAAUUGAAAAACCUAAAACUGUAAAAUCUGGUAUUCCCGCAGGCUCUUCAGUUAAAUCUGGAGGUUCAAAGAUACCUCCUCCUAAAGCAGCUGCUAAAACAAACAAGGCAAGUUUAUAAUAUUAAUUAUAACUAAUAUACUGUAAUUAUAAUUUACUGCAUAGUUUGAAUGUUAACAUAUGAAACAUUUGUUUGUUUAGGAAAAUGUAUUACCCCGUGCAAGUACUGCUACUAAUAAAAAGAAAGAAGAGUUUGAUAAUGGACCAUUGUUUCAACGAAAUAACUUAAAGCAUCAACGUGAUAUUGACGAACAUAAACUGAAGGUAUUUUAUUUUACAGAAAAUAUUUUUAAUAUCUGGCAAGUUAGUGGCAGUUAAAAUUUUAGUUUUAAUUUUAAAUAUUUAUUAAUCAUACUAAGUUUUCUAAAUUAACUGAAAUAAAUUGGUAUAUCAAUAUUGAAUAAAUAUAAUAAAAAGUACAAAUUUUUAUUUUCAUGAUGAAAUCAAAUAAAAAUUGUUAUACAAGAAAUAUUUUUCUUCUUUUACAUCAAUUUAAAAAAAAAAAAAUAUGUAUUUACAAUUUAUUGUAUAUUGAGUAUUUAAGUAUAUUUUACAUACAUUGAUAUUAUUUAAGUUUGAUUUAUACGAUUUAGAAGAAUAAAUCAAUUAUAAAUACAAUAAGUCUUAUUGAUGAUAAUCUAUUAAAAAUAUAAUUUAGUCGUUAAAAUGGAAUUUUUCUACUCCUCGUGAAGAAUUUGUUGAACAACUUCGAGAACAAAUGUUAACUGCUGGUAUUAAUAAGAUGUUAAUUACAAACAUGUUCCAUCCAGAUUUCAGAUACCAUCUUAAAGCUAUUGAACAUUUGUCUGUGGUAAUUUAAUAAUUUUUAACCAUUUUAAAUUUUGAUCUUUUACCCAUUAGUAUAUUAUAAUAUUUGUUUUUGGUUUAUUGUUUUUAUUUAGGAUUUGAGUACAGCAGAUGAUAAUAAUUUAGCAUUAAUUAGUAAUCUCGACUUAAUUCUUAAAUGGAUGACUUUAAGAUUUUUUGACACUAAUCCAUCAGUACUCUUAAAAGGUCUUGAAUAUUUACAACAUAUAUUUGAUAUUCUUAUGGCUCAAAAGUAUACUCUUCAUGAUACUGAAGCAUCGAGUUUCGUCCCAUAUUUAGUAACAAAAGUGAGUAAACAAACAUUUAUAAUUAAUAAUUAUUAAGUAUUUAUUUUAUUUGCUUUGUAGUUGGGUGAUCCAAAAGAUUCAGUGAGAAAUAAUGUCCGAGCUAUAUUAAAACAAAUAGCAUUUAUAUUCCCAACCUCAAAAAUGUUUCAGUAUAUUAUGGAUGGAGUAAAAUCAAAGAACUCAAGGCAGCGCUCAGGUUAAUAUUUAUUUAAUUGUUUAACCCAAAUAGUUCACUAUUAAAAAAUAUUAUUUAAUCCCAACUAAAUAAAACUAAAUCAAUUCAUCCAAUCAUAUGAAAUCACAGCUUUAAAAUUUGAUGUCACUUAUUAUCCAUUAUUAUUUUUAAAUUGUUUAAAUUCAGUUAAAUAAAAAAGUUAUAAAUUUACACUAUUAUUCAAAAUAGAACUAUGUAUAUUAUAUGCUAUAUAAUAAAUAAUACAUAAUACUAUCUAUCUGAUUCGUCAAUGCAUUUGAUAUUACUGUUAGAUCAAUUUUUGUUAUUGUCCUGCCUAUGUCUAUUUAGAAAAAAAAAAUAGAUGGAAAGUGGGUUAUUCACUUUCGGAAAACUAAAAAAAUUCUACUUUUUCAUUUCAACAAAAUUAUAAAUAAAAAUAAUUUUUAAAUCAAUUUUUGCUUUUGAAGUAGAAGUUUUUUCUGAUCAGCUUUUUCUUGUACUUCUCAUUUUUCACAUGUUUCAGCUUAUCUGGAAGUAGAGACAUGCAGAAAAUAUGUUUUCAACUCAAGCUUCUUGCUCUUUAGGUGCUUCAGCGGAUUUACUGACUGACAAUUGUCUUAUUUAUCCUUCUGAAAUUUGAUUUUUUUGUGGUAUUUCAAAUAAUUUCCAGUGCUAAUGUUGUUAAUUUUACUGGAGUGUUGUUAGUGUAAUGAUAGCAAAAAUACAUAGAUUCCAAAAAAAGGUCGAUAAUGUUAUAUGAUUUUUCACUCAUUACUGUAAAUACCCUCACAUCUCAGGACUAAGGAAACUCUAAAAUUGACCAAAAUAAAUACAUUUUUGUAUUAAAACUACCUAAAAACUUCAUUUUAGGUGGUGGAUUUCAACUGCUUUAAACCUUCAUCGGACUACACACUUUUUUGCAUAAAACCACAUAAAAAUCACUUCAGAAUUUUUUUAAUCUAUUAAUCUUAUACAGACAGACAUCAAUUUAUAUAUAUAAUAUAAGUUACAUAAACUGUAUACUUAAUCAUUUAUUUUUUAAAUUUAUUAUUAUUUUCUUACAGAAUGUUUGGACCAUUUGGCAACUAUGAUUGAAGAUUAUGGUACAUCAAUUUGCCAACCUAGUGUUCCUAUUGCGUGUAAGGAACUUGCAAAAAGUAUUGGUGAUAGAGAUAACUCAGUUCGUACAGCUGCAUUAAACUGUUUUGUUGCUGCAUUCUUCUUACACGGAGAGGCUCUUUACAAAUUUGUUGGCAAUGUAAGAAAUAUUUAUCAAGAACAAUCUAAACAACAAUGAUUAUCAUGAAAAGUAUCAAUUAUUGGUUCAAUGUGACUCAUCAACCAUAUAUAAGCUAUUAAAUUUGAUUUUUAAUGCUUCUAUAUAUAUUUAUAAUAUUUUUUCAAUAUUUUUAAUUUUCUGUUAUUGAUAACUAAUAAUUUAUUAAUAAAUAAUUUCAGUCAGACCUUGUCAGUCUGGAAAUUAAAUUCAAGUAUCACUUUUCAAUUACUGUGAUUUAAAUGACAUAUUUAUGAUAAUUCUUAACUGAGUCUACACAUUUAGGUGUCUAAUUAUAAUUGCUUAUUGAUUAUUAAAAAUAUCUAUUAUAUAGUGAAUAUAAAAUUUGGUCUACUAGCUUUAUUUUUUUAUAGUUAUCAAAUCAUAUAUAAUAUUUGAUAAUUAGGGAUUUGUAAUGUUUUAGAAUAACUAAUUAUUACUUUCCAAACAGAUAUCAGAAAAAGAUAUGGGCCUUUUAAGAGAACGUUUGAAAAGAGCAUCAAAGAAUCGAGCAGUACCAGUUGCUACUGUUCAGCCAACUAUAAAAAUGGUUGCACCGCCUGUGCAACAAGUACCAAUUACUGAUGACGUUGUUAAUGAUCAAUAUAACUCUGAUGAAGAAGAACAUAAUGCUACAUUUAAUAUUUCACAUGAAUCUCAGCAAGAGCCUAGUCCUCAAAGAUACUCAAAUGAUUCACCUUCUAGACCUACAAGUACUUUAUCAUAUAGAUCAGGGAAUAUUCCUACUACUAAUGAACUUCCAUCAUCAUUACGAAUGGGAUUCAGGUGAGAAUAUUUUUCAAUUAAUUUUUUUUUAGUGCAUGAUCUUCAUUUGGUGUAAUUUUCAUAAGUAAAAUAUAUUUAACAUUAUAAAUACUUGAAUUAUUUUUUAUUUGUGGUAUUAACACAGGCUUUUAAUGGACAUUUCGGCUUGCUAUUUUGAAAAAUUAUUACAUAUAUAUAAAUUUAUUACACUAUCACAUAUAUUAUUUCAACGGUACAUUUAAAUUUUGUACAAAUAAUUGUUGCAAUUAACUUUGUUUAUAGAUUUACUCUAUUUAUCUUUUGGUGACAUUUAUUAUGUACAUUAUAUACAUUUACAUUUUUUUUUUCCUUGCAUAGCCAUGCAUUACAGCAUUAGUAUUAACCAAAUUUAUUAUAUACAGAAUUCAAUCUAUUACUAUAGAUAUUUUAGAUAGAUUGUUUUUUUUAUUUUAUCAUUUACUAAUUUUAAUUACUCAAGUUGGUACUAUUUGUAAAGAAGUAAAGAAAAAAAAAAAAAAGAUUGAAAGAAUACAUUGAUUCAUAUAAAUACAAUGGAUUUUACAUUACUUUAAAAAUGUACCUCUAGUUGUAAAAAUUAAAUAAAAAAAAACAAUUUUCAUAUAAUUUAUCCGUGAUGAAUAUUAAACUUGUUGUUUUUUCCGCUUGUGAUCAAGGAAAACUGGAUUUCAGUUGAAAAAAAUUGAAGAGAACUUCCAUUUACAAAUUGAAAUCUAAAAGUUUGGCUAGAUAUCUUGUUAAAUCUCUAUGUGUUAUGAAUACUAACCAUUCCACUUUGAUUGUAUUCGCGAUAGAAAGCAAAGUGGCUGGCAUCUUUUGGUGGUGACAUUAAACAUUGUAUUGGGGACAGCAUGAAAACUGAACUAUUGAUAAAAAUAUGAAAUAAAAAUUAUUGAGAAUUGGUUUACUCGAUUUGUCAUAAUUUAUUAACCCACAUAUUAUGUGUUUUAAUUUUGAUUACACUUUCACAUUUGGUAGCUGCCAACCCUUAAUUAUGGGUCAUGCUUAUUGUGCCACAACACCAAAAACUCGUAAAAAAAACAUAAAUAUUGUCAUGUUACACAAUGUAAAACAUUAUUCUCUUUGUAAACAUAUGCAAAAUAAUUAUUUGAUUUUCAUUCAACAGCCAAUACUAAGAGAAUAUGACUACUUUUCACACUUCUUAAAAAUGCUAUCCUAAAAAAGAAAUGCGAGCAUGGUUUAAAAAUGAAUAUUAUUAAUUUUACAAGUUAUUAUUAUAAUUUAAAAAUAAUGCUCAAAUUAUAUAGAAUAUCUACCUACUGUUAAAUAACUUUAAUAUAGUUAUUAUAUAAUGGAUGUAAUUUUAACAAUUCCAUCGACUUCAUAGGAACAUAGAAACAGGGUUUUUAAUAAAAUCAUUAGUUUUGAUCCUUUGUUGCACACAUUGUUUUUGAAAAUUUUUUCCUUGGAAAAUAUUAAAAGUUAAUAUUACAUAUAAAAAAAGAAACAAAUUUAUGUGGUUUCACUAUAUUAUCACAAUGCUUCAAAGGGUUUAGACAUAUAGCAACGAUUCUUAAUAUUUUAUUAUUAUUUUCCACACAUCCAAAUUCUACAAUAUGAUUAUAUUUCAUUAAUUGCAAACCCUCAAUCAAUGGUCGCUUAAAGUUACCAAUAACACUUAAAAUGUUAGUUAGCUCAACAACCGAAGUAAAUAUAUUUUUUUUUCCUACUUGAUUAUGUAGGUAUUAUGAAAUUGUAUAAAAUAAAUUAAAUUAUUCAUAAAAAACCAACUAAAUAAAUUAUUGACAUUGUGAAAUUGUCAAUUAUCACCAUAGACAGUCAGAAAAAUUACUACAGCUCCUCUAUAUUUGCUUUCUAUUAAAUGUUGAAUGUUAAUUUAGGACUUCAAUAAAAUAUUUGUAUUUUUUUGGCGUUUUUCAUUAUGCUUCUUUUAAAAUAUAUUAUAAUUAGUUUAUUAAUUAAUAUUGGAUUGGUCUUGGACUGGAUUACACUAUAAAGUAUGUACAGUCUGGUAAGUCAAAUAAAAUAUUUCAAAUUUCUUAGUAGAUCAAACGUUCUACUUAUAGCUUAAUAUUUGUAUUUUAAUACUAGACGACCAACUAGUGAAGUCUAUGAUGAACCUCAAACAACACGUUAUGCCCUGGACGAAAAAUUUAUUCAGGAGUUGGAAGCUGAAGAAAUUACAAAACCAGAGUUAAAACUAAAGACAUAUAACUGGAAUGCAGAUCAUGAUGAAAUAACUUUCAGAAAAAGAAUUCAAGAUAAAUCUCAGUAUGUAAUUGUUUAGAACUGUAUAUAUUAUCUAUCCAAUUUCAAUAUAUUAAUUUAAGUAUUUUACUUUUAGGACUUCACCAGAUAAAACAAUAUUAUCAUCUAAGCCAUGUAUAAAUGUGAGUCCAUACAGUACUGCAACUAUUACAAAAAGUCCUAAAACUCCACCAGCCCCUGUGGAUCCUAUUCAGCAAUUAAUAAAUCAAGUACCAUCUCAAAAUAUAGAAACUUCAAAGAACGCAUUAACAAGCCUUGAUCAAAUGCUUUUAAGACCUGAUGUAUGUACACUUUGAAAUAUUGUUUUCAUAUUUACUAUUAAUGUAUUCAUUACAAUUUUUUCAGAUGAGAUCAAAGUUUUUAGAAGGCGGAAAGGUGUUAUCAUUAUUUUAUGCCAUCAUUAAACAAUUUGAUAUUCUAUCUGAAUCUCAUGAUAUUGAUGUCACUGUCGGUUAUAAAAAUAUGUUCAAUUUAUGUUUGAAUGUAAGUAUUACUUGAUUUGAGUUUUGUUUAUUAUUUAUCAUAUUUUGUGAAUUUUAAUUACACUUGGCUUAAUUUUGAUAUAUAUAUAUAUAUAUGUUCCUACUUUUUACAUUGAAUAAAACCAAUUCAGCCUAAUAAUGCAUUAUUAAAUAUAUUUAUUAUCUAUAUAUGUAUGUUUGUAUUUUAUUUUUUUAAGUUGUAUAAAUAUCAAGAAUUCACCUUAAUAUUGAAUGAACAAAUUGUGCGCGAUUUACUUUCAAAAUUGUUAUACCUUCUAAGUAUGAAGGGACCGGAAAAUAGUGCAGACACUCAACUUUUUGGACGAUGUGUUAAUAGUCUUAUUAUGAAUGUAUUGGAACAUUCUGCUCACACUCCAGUUACAUGGUAGCCUUUUACAGAAAAAAUGUGCAAAAUAAUAAAAAAUUAACUAAUAUAUUAAAUAUAUUUAUAGUGCUCUUUUGGGCAUGCUAUAUGACACAGUUAAAUAUCCUCAAAAUUCUUCUACUCAUUACAAAGAAUUGGUUAUGAAAUGUAUAUGGAAAAUAGUAAAAGAUUUUCAAGAGUGGGGAGAAGAAUUAUGCUAUGAUAGAGUUCUUGCUCAUAUUCAUAGAUUCCUAAAAGUAAUUAAAACUUACAUUUUUCUUUUUUAAAUUUACUUUGUUAUUUGCUGUAUUAUUUUUUGUACUAUAUAUUUGUUAGGAGUUUGAUUCUAAGCACUGGAAGAAACAACCAUCUGAUACUCCAUUAAGAACAUGUAAAACUGUUCUUCAUACUAUGGUAAAAACACGUAGUGAUAAAGUAUUGGAAAGUUUAGCCAGUCCAGAAUUUCCUAAAGAAUCAGAAAUGGUUAUUUAUAUACACAAGCUUUUGCGGGUAAAAAUUUAAAACAAAUUGAACUUAAUCAUACAUGUUAUUACAUUACAAAUUAUGUUUAGCAUUUGAACAGUGAAAGUAGACCCGAAAGUAGUAAACGUAAACAUCGAACACCAUAUGACGAAUUAUCUGAUAUAUUCCAAUUAAUAGGCCAACACGAAAACACUGACGAAGUGAGUUAUUGUUUAUAAUUCAUAAAAUAUGUGUAAUAUUUUGUUUGUCGAUAAAACAAUUUAUUUUAGUAAAUAAAUUUAUUUAAGUCAUUAAAAAAUACCAUUUAAUAGUUAAAUUAUUAUGUACAUAACUAAUUUAGUCUUAAGCUUGGGCAAUACGUGGUAUAUUUAGCUAUAUUUAAAAUAUUUAGUUUUAGUUAGUGACUAUAUUAAAUAAUAAAUUCAAUCCACCACAUUUUUGUUUGUUUCUAAAUUGCAGCAGGAUUAAUUUUUUGGUUUUCAAACACCAAUUAAAUGUAUAUUCUUUUAAAUAUGUUAAUUAUUUGUUGUCUUUUAGAAUUAUUAUUUAUUUGACUGGUUAUAUAUUUUAUUAUUUAAAAAAAACAUUUAUUUUUGUUUGGUAAACCUAACCUUGGUUAGUGGAUAACAAGUUAUAUUACCAAAUGGAAAACCAGUUAGAUAAAAUAUCUUUAAAACUCAUAUCAUAAAUAUAUCUAAAACUUUAUUUUAUAUAGUAAAUGUAUAUACAUUAUGAGAAUAACUAAAAAAUAACUGAUCUUAAUACAAUUGAAAAUAUUUGAGAUGAACACAAUUUUUUUACUUUGUUUAUAAAUAGGAGGUUCUAAGAUCUGCAGAAAAAAUUGAGGUAUUAAUGAUUUUGAGUUUAACAAGUUAAUGUGAAUUAUAUUUUAAAAUAUUUCAAGAAAUAAAUUCUAUAUCUGCAUUACUUAGAUCUCUUAUAAUAAUAAAUAUAUACUUGUGAAUACUUCAAUAUUUUAUAUUUAGAAAGUACGUAAUUAUUAAAUGUGUCUUUCUGUUUUAUAUAAGGGCAUACAACAACUACAUAGAUUUAAAAUAAAGCAUCCUAAUAUUGAUAUUGAACCUCACAUUUCCAAAACUACAAAAUAUUUUCAAGAUUACAUCCAUCGCAAACUAUCUGCAAUUGAAGAUAAUUUAAAAAGCUGUUUAGUUGAACCAAAUGGUAAUUUCUUAUUUUGUUAAAUUUGAAUAAUGGUAUUAAUAUAUUAUAAUUAAAUUUAGGUAAUAACGACAGUGUAAAACCAAUUACAUCCACGCCAUUGCGAAAACUUGAUUCUGCUGUUCCGAGUGAAGCUGAUGGUUUCAUGAAACGGUUGCAAAUAUUAAAAAUGAAAGCAUCAAGAGAAGAAGCAUAUGGUUUACCAAAUGGAGAAUGUAAUGGAAACAAUAGACUGGAUGAAGAUUCACAAGACGAAGAUCUGCCGAUGCUCAACACAAGUCGUUCCCCCCGCAAAUAAAUUGUUAUUCCAUUUAUAGUAUUAUUUUCAAACAAAUGCUCUGAUAUAGAUCAAUCAGUAUGCCAAAAUCCUUUCACUAUUCUUCUAUCAAGACUGAAAACCCAAAAAAAGUAACGCUAUUUAUUUAUUAUUUUUUGUUUUAUAUUCGCUUCAUUAUAAUAAUAAAAUAUUGACAUUUUUUGUGUGUAUGAGUAUUGUGAAUUAAGAAAGCUUGUUGUGUAAACAAAUACAAUAUAUUUAUGUAUAAUUUAUUUUUAAUAUUUUAUUUUAGUGACUUUAACAUAAUACAUUUAUUUUUAAUAUAUAGGUACUUAACAGAUAACACAAAAUUUACACUUUAGUAUUUUAGACUUGUCAAGUAUUAAUAUUAACAUUUUGUGAUUAUUUUUAAUUUCUAUUAAAUUCAAUGUAUAUGAUCAAAACUUGGUUUUGUUUAUUAUGUUUUCUACUUGAACAACAAAAUUUGAAAACUCAGGGUUUUUUAUUAAACUGAUUAUUGUGUUUUCCAAAUUAAUUUUUUCAGAUAAUAAUUUUGGAAUAUCUGUCACUUCUAAACCAUUAUUUUUCAAUGUAUCGACACAUUUAACUGCUGAAGGUUUAUCAUAAAAGCUGAGAACCCACUUACCAUGGUAAUAUUUAUCAAAUGACAUAAUUCCUAAAUAAAGAGUAGAAUACAAAAUGUAUGUUUUGGGCGUGAGGUAAAUUAUUUCACUGAGUAUUCCAUUUGUGAAUAUAGUUAAUGAGUGAUUCUGAUACAAUACACUGGUUUUUAUAUUUGAUUUUAUAAUAGUCGGUUGAGUAGAAUUUUCACAACUUGAACUUAAGUUUGAAUAGCUCUUAAUGUUCCAUGACUCUGUAUAUUCCCAAUAUUGCAUUUGUUCAGACUGAAGAAAA